UAUGGCUGCAAUUUCAACAUUGAGAUUCAUUGGUAAAUUUAUAUUUUCACAUUCCAAUUACAAGGAUCCAAAAUAUGGAUAGCUUUUACAUCCAUUAUUUUGCUUUGUGAUAAGCUCAUUAAGUUAUAUGUAUGGAAGCAUAAAAUUGGAAAAUAAUUAAAAAGAACAAAUUGAAGAUGUAAUUUAAUUUUUAAAUUAGUUUUAAGAAUCAUAAACAUCAAGAAAUUUAAUUGCAUUAGGAUUCUUAUUUUAUGUUUUGCUUAUUGUAAUAGCUAGAUUUGGUUAAGCAAAAUUUACAAUAUUUUAUGAAUUAAUGUGGGCUUGUAAUUUGAGUUUAAUUAGUUCUGCAUAUGCAUUUUGGAAGUAUUAUUGAUUUAUAAUUAGAAAUAAACCUUUAAUAUUGGCUGCCAGUAUGAUAUUAGUAUCGAUUGAUUAAGUUUUAUGGUAUGUAGAUUUAUUGGCAUUUGCAUUAUUUAGAAUAUGGCCAAUUGGAGUUGCAAAGUAUUUGAAUAAUUAAUAAAUAUAGAUAUUUGACAUGGCCGUCAACUACAAAAUUAAGAUUGUUAACCUCUUUUCAUCAUAUAUUUUAUUUACCACUUUGUUUAUACUUUUUAAGAAAUUAAAAAGGAAUUCCUAUAUCAGCAUGGUAAAUAAGUAUAGGGAUGGGUACAAUUUUAACAAUAGUAUCAAGGUAUGUUGUAAUUAUAAUAAAUUUUAGAUUAUUGACACCUAAAUCAAUAAUGUUGAAAGGACAGAAAGAAGAAAUAUAUUUGAAUUUAAACUUAUCAAGACAAUUAUGGAAAGAUAUUCCUUUUAAAAUCUUAACUAUAGUUGAUGAUAAACCAUGGUAUUUAGCAUUACCUUUUUUGAGUUUUAUGUGGAAUUCUGGUAAUUUUAUUCUUGGAUAUGAAUUAUUAAACAGAAUAUCAAAGUAUUUGAAUUAAUGA